ACACACCACAACGCAGCACCCACUCACCUAACAUCCACUAAACUCACACAUACAUCUCACUCACGCACACACACGAGGCAUCUCACUCUCCAAAAUCCUCACGCACACCACUCACGCCAGUCAAACACUAUUCACUCAAUCACACACCUCACGCACCUAAACAUCGAAGACACGAACCACUCAGUCACCACAUCACUUACGCACCUAAUGCACACACCAAUUUGGGGAUUUUGGUUUGACUCACCAGCACUCACCACAAAUUCAGGACCCAUGCCUCAUCUUUGAGGGAGGAACGCAUCACGCACACGACGGUUCUCACCAACACAACACAUCUGCUUCUUCUCCACGAAACCCUCACAAACAUAGGGAGAGGCCUCCAUUCACCCCCAAUCUUCAAACAUUGCAAUCCAUUGUCGAGGUCACACUCAUCGAUUGGAGGCGCUGAACUUUCUAUCUGGCAAGCUUCAAUCACCACGGUCACCGACGUCCAUUGUUGAAUAAUUAAUUUCAUGGGAGUCAAUGGAUACCGAAUUUGAAACAAUUGAGGCGAGAAUAACAUCUAUGCUUCCGCAACUCCAAUCUGAGUGUGGCAUUCUACAGAGAAUAGUGUACAAAAAUAAGAACCAGCACCGACGCUCUUCCUAUUUCCAGCGUCUUUUGAAGGUGAGAAGGGAUUUAAGACUUCUGCAAUCAGCAAACUUGGAGGAGCUUGUAACAUCAUGCCUCCAUGUUAUCAAAGGAGAUAAACCUAGACAGAAAAUUAUUCUUUUAGAGAGCUUAAAAAGAAGAAAAUGUGAUGGUGAAAAAAAGCACAAUUUUAUGGAGCGAUUGGUAGGAGCUGCACGCUUAUUAGCUGAGAUGGUUGAACCAAUAUUGAAGGCUGCUUCUGAGAUAUCUGUAUUGUUUGCACAAUCCUUUUUUACGGGAUUUUCUCUGACAAUCAUGGCUUUGCUUGCACGUCUUCGAGUCUUGGUUCAACAAAUAUUACUUGAUGUUGUUUCAUUGUUCAACAUGGUUUCUUCUCUCUCUAUAACCAAACAGUCAACGAAAAUAACUCUUAAUGGAAUUGAGGUUUUUAGAGAUUUCUAUCCUGUUAAUGAUGAUUUUGUUACAUUAGAUUGUGUUUGGGAAUCAGACAAGUUUAUAUUACACGAGAGGACGCAUAAAAGGAAAAAUGAAACUCAAGCCGAGGACUAUAAUGAACAUGCCUCUGUCCAAACUUCAAAUGUGAAUUAUAAUAGUAUUGAAUCUUUUCUCGGGGAAAGCCGUUCUCUAUGUGAAGGUAUGAGGGAAGGUCAUUAUGAUCAGCUUGAGGGAGUGGAAGCUGUUGCUGCCAAAGAUCUCUGUCAUGUAGACAAUAUGAAUACUGAUUUGUCGACUGACUCAUCACAAUUUGACUCUAAGAUAACCAUGUACCAUGAGGAGGGAGAAAAUCAAGACACCACAAAAGCCUCCAUCAAUGAAUCUUCACAGCAAGCUGGUUUGCAUACAUCUUCAAGGUCUUCUACGAAUGAUAAACUCCACUCUAUGCCAAAGAAGGUGGCAUUUGUCUCCGUCAAGAAUCUUACGUCAACUCGAUCCACAUCUUAGUGUCUGUUUGGUUGUUGUUGCACGUUACAGCACUUAGACCAUGUUUCGGCUGAAGCAACAAUUCAUGGCUUCUGCAUAAUAUUUUUUGCUGGAUGGCGUGAAAAUUUGGCCAAAAGUGAGUCAUGAGCUAUUGAUGUUAAGAUAUUUUUCAACUUCAUGGGAGAUUGCGGUGGCCAAACAAGGGAUGAUGCAUGGGAGAUAGGGUCAUGACUAAUGAUCUUUAUUUACUGAUGUAAAUGCAAAGACUAAUUUUAAACAUAACAGGGUAGUUUUAUUCUUUUGAUUUCUUAGCUUUUGAACACUCCUUGGUAGGUAGGAAUCAUAUUUUUUUGGGUCGAGAAGCAUUAAUCAUAUUUUAAAACGAAUUGUCAUUUGAUGGAUUAGGGAAAA